AUGUCGAAAGAAGAUGAGGAAUCAAAUACCCCAGAAUCUUUAGAUGGGGGAAUCGGGAACCCCUUUGUCGAAGAUGGGGCGGAAGAAGGUAGCGAUGAAGAGGCUGAUGAACGUCCUGAUGUGAUGGAUUUUCUUGGUAGUGAUGCUGAUAAUGAUGAUGAAGACAAUAAUGAAGAUGAUAAAGAAGAUGAUAAUGGCGCUGAUGAUUUUGAUGCAAAUGUUGAUGAUGCUGGUAAGCCAAUUAGCAAACUUGAAUAUAUUUUGAAUUACAAAAAACGACCUACAGAGAACCUGGAAGACCAACUACCGCCAAAGAAGCGGUUUUUGUUAUCUCAAGCAAAGUUAGAGCGUAAUAAAUACACUGUCGGAACUUCUAAAGGAGAAUCUUUAUUAUACAACGAAACACCGGACAAAGAUGAUGAAGAAAAAGAAAAUGAACCAGAAGAAAAGAGCCUGCAGAUCACUGAUAAACAUUUUCGGGCGUAUCGUAAAGCAAGAUUGAUUCAUAAACGAUUGAAAGAUCUCGAAUCAAAACAGGAAUUAGUGAAAUUGCUUCCGCCAAAAGAAUUCCGGUUCAAGAUGUUUUUGGAAGAGCGACUCAAUAAGAUCAUUGCCCAUCACUUCAACGACUUUGAUGAUGUGCAAAUGGCCACUUUAAAACGCCAAUAUACCUCGUAUUACAUUAAACAUCAACAAUUCAUCAAAGUGCAACAUUUUUUGACCGGUUACAAGUCGGCAAUUGCCAAGGUUGAGACCAAGAAGUUCCAGAUCAUACCGUUUUCCCCAGGAUGCACUCCUUGGAACUUGGGAAGAAAGUAUUUAACCAUGAAUAAAGUUGGAGUGGUAUGGAUUGAAACAAAGACUUCUACUCCGAUUGUCACGUUCCAGACAUUUGAUAAGUCCAUUAGGGAUAAUUUCUGGUUUUCAGUGGACAAUAUCUACGAUUUAUGUUACUUGGACGGCCAAGGUAUGGCGCUAGCACAGAGUGGGUAUUAUGAUGAUGGAGAAAAUAGAAUGGAUACCUCUGGGUUGAGUAAACUCCGAAGAUUUGUCCGAUUGUUGUACAAAAGUCAUCGUGAUAACUUGGAAUUCACUACCAAAAUCGAACUUCUCAAAAACGAAUUUGUAUCAACCAUCUCCAUUGCCAAUAGAAUUAUUUACGUGUUUAUCAACACCGGGAUGGUUAAGAUGUAUUCACUGGGUAGUGGGUUCCUCUUAGGAAUGCGGAAAAGUUUCCCGACGGUGGCGUCGCUCGGCAGUGAUAACUUUCUCUUCAAUAUUGAAAUACAGGAUCCUUACGCUUAUGAAUUCCUUUAUUCCAUUGAAGAUGUUGUCAAUGACCGAUAUUUAAUGCUACAUGACCGAUUAAAUAUUGAGACGGUUAGAAACCCCAUGGUUAAUACUUUCAAUGAUAAUAUUGUGACUUUUGACAUUCUACGAGGGAUUUUUUUCAAUGAUAAUGGGUUCCCCAGCUAUGUUGAUGCCAAUGAAUAUCUUUACGUGUACGAUGGGGAUACCGGGUUUGUACCAAUGUUGAAUCUUCUUGAUGCCUUUAAUAACUUCAACCCCACCCAUAACAGUUUGAUUUAUUUCCCUUUGAGUGUCACUGGAGGGAAUGUUCAAGCGGUAGUGAUUAAAGAUGCAAUUAUCGAUCAGAAAAUGGGAAUUAUUCAGGGGAAAAUAUCCCGGGCCCAACGGCAAGUGGUGCUGAUUGAAAAAGAAAUCAAGCAGAAGCAAAGAACCCAAAACAUUUUAGAUAAACGUAUGAGAAAAAAAACUGAGGAAUCAGAGGAAGCAACUGAACAAGAAAAACCAACAAAACCAUUGAGCAAGGCAGAAAUCGCCCAGCAAACUGCUUUAGAAAAAAAUCGGAAAAUCGUGGAGAAUUCUGCAGGGUAUAUCAUGAAGAGUCUGAAUAAAAGUGAUUAUUUCUCUGUGGAAAGUUACAAUUUUCCCUGGUUUCCGUUGCCAGGGCUUAAUAAUUUCAAACUUCGAGUACCUGUGGAUACUUGUCAAGAAUUAACAAGAAACACUGCGUUUAAUGACCCUAAGUUACUCGAACAGGCAGAAAAUGAAAAAAAGAAAGAUGAUGAAGAAGUUGGAGAUUCGUUGUUUGAUGAUGAAGAGACUGAAAAUGCCCGGAUCAAUAAAUUGUUUGGCAUUGGUGAUGACGAUGAUGAUGCUUUUGAAGACCCUAAUAGUAAAUUCAACAAAUUGAUCUCUGGUAACGAUCUCGAUUCGGCCAGUAUUAAUGCAUUGUUCUUUAUGAAAUCAUUAUCGUCAGAUGUGGAAGAAAAAAACCUCUCCAAGGAUGAUCAAGAGGAAAGGAGGGACCAACUAUUGAAAUUUGCUCUUCAACAUGAUUCUAAUCUCCUCCGGUUGUUCAAUGAGUUACUUCAAGCUAAUAAAAUGCGGUUGGCGUUUAAUUUGGUGAAAUUGUUGAAGUUAAACAAGAGUUUUGAAGCAGUAAAGAAGAUUUGCAUUUUGAAUAACAAAAAGUUGGAAGGCCAAGGAUUGAUGAAAUUUAAAAAAGUGAUUGAUUAUUGGCAAUCUAAAAAGAAGAAGAAUUAUGAUAAAUGGUAUGGACAGUGCUAG